CUACGCUGUUAUUCGGUACGGAGACGGGUGUGUUUUAGAACACAAUAAUGCCUCAAAUCCAAAUGAAAGAAGGUAAUAGUGAGCUUUAUCGCUAGGUCAUCGGAGACGACGACAACGAACAAUAAAGUUGUGUUUGUCUAUGAUGACGUAGCUGUCAUGGCGGCGCCCGUGGAAAGCUCCGGCUGGUUUCCUGCUCUAGCAAUCGCAGUUUCUCUGCUAAAGUGUCUUUUUAUCAACGCAUAUCAUUCGACGGACUUCGAAGUACACAGGAACUGGCUGGCCAUCACGCAUAGCUUACCUGUAUCCAGGUGGUACUACGAGAACACCUCUGAAUGGACGCUGGACUAUCCUCCGCUGUUCGCUUGGUUCGAGUACGGCCUCUCACAGGCUGCGGUGCACUUCGACCGGGGAAUGCUGGUGGUGGAGAACCUGAACUACGCCAGCCCCGCCACCAUUCUCUUCCAGAGGCUGUCCGUCGUCUUUGCCGACCUGGUGUUCAUCUACGCUGUGAAAGAGUGCUGCACUACUGUCAGAGAAGAGAAAGCCGCCAAGGACCUGCUAAGGCGUCCGUGUUUCGUACUGGCUGUGCUUCUGCUGUGGAACUUCGGCCUCUUCAUCGUUGAUCAUAUCCAUUUCCAGUACAACGGGUUCUUGUUCGGCUUCCUGCUUCUCUCAGUGGCGCGGCAUCUACAGGCCAGGCACCUGGAGGGGGCGCUGUGGUUCUCCAUCGUGCUCAACUUGAAGCACAUCAACCUGUAUGUGGCUCCGGCCUACGGCGUCUACCUGCUGAGAUGCUUCUGUUUCACCCAGGACAACACGGACGGCUCUUUGAGAUGGAGGAGCUUCAGCCCCGUCCGUCUCGUGUCCCUGGGGGCCGUCGUCCUCUCCGUCACCGCGGCGUCCUUCGGGCCCUUCGUUGCCAUGGGCCAGCUCCCCCAGGUCCUGUCCAGGCUCUUCCCCUUCAAGAGGGGCCUCUGCCACGCCUACUGGGCCCCCAACUUCUGGGCCCUCUACAACGUCCUGGACAAGGCCCUGUCCAUGUUGGGUGUGCGUCUGGGGCUGCUGGACGUGGCCGGUCUCCCCAAGGCGUCCAUGACGGGCGGCCUGGUGCAGGAGUUCCAGCACGCGGUGCUGCCCUCGGUGUCCCCCCCCACAGCGCUGCUCUGCACCCUGCUGGCCAUACUGCCGGCCCUGUGGUGCGUGUGGCGGCGGCCCUGUGGUGGGCGGGGCUUCCUGCGCUGCCUGGUGCAGUGCGCCCUGGCCUCCUUCAUGUUCAGCUGGCACGUUCACGAGAAGGCCGUGCUGCUGGCCGUCCUGCCCCUCAGUAUCCUGGCUGUUGAAAGCAGACGGGAUGCUGGGAUAUUCCUGAUGCUGGCCACUACAGGCCAUUACUCCCUGUUCCCACUGCUGUUCACCCCCGCAGAGUUUCCCAUUAAGGUCCUGCUGAUGCUGUUGUUCACCAUCUACUCCUUCAGUGCUUUGAGAAACCUUUUCAGUGGAGAGGGUUCUUUGCUUCAUCCUCUGGAAGCCCUCUACCUUCUGGGCCUGGUCGCCGUGGAGGUCCUCUGCGAGGUCGUCUUUCCUCUGUCGCCGUGGCAGCAGACCCUGCCCUUCGUCCCCCUGCUGGUGACAUCCGUGUACUGCGCCCUGGGCGUCUCCUAUUCGUUUGUCCGACUUUACGUCUCCCUUCUGACACAGGAAGUUACUGAAAAAACCAAACGUCUUUAACAAUGCUGCUGUGAGCGAAAAUAUCUAGUUCUCUUUAAAAAACAUACAUGCCUUGUGUAGUGUUGUACAUCAUUUGUAUAGAAUUCUCAUGAAUCCUUUGGGACUCGUUGCUGUAGCAACCAAAUCCUCAAGCAUAUCAAGGACCAGUGGUUGACGAUGGAUCAAUGAUAGGCAAUUAGAAUUAUUUGCCAUUUCUAAGAAUCUAUUUUAUAUUUGCAAUUUUGUGAUUAAAUAUGCUAUUUGAUACAGUUUCUUGUGAGUAUUUUUUUUAUCAAUACAGUUAUUUGCUGUGUUGUGACUUGAGAUUGGAGAAGGGGUGAGGAGGGGGAUACAUACACAUUUGCACAUUCAAAAUGUGGACAGACCAUGGGGUUAGAGCUGUUCUCAAGGAAAUAACCCGACACAUUGGAAGAUUCUUGAUGAACUUUAUUGGUAAGGCAACACAGAGCAUGAUUCAUUAAAAUCCACCAUUAAAAUGACUACUAUGAACCUAAUGCGCAGAGUUUUAAACAACACAGUCCAUCUUCCUUGGACAAUCUCUGACGUCGCAGUUUUUAAACAUACAAAUAACUCCCUUUUCUCAUUUCUCCUUUCUCCUCUCAAGCGGUACAAAGGCUGCAUUGUAAAAAAAAAAAGAA